ACUCCCCACCCCCCUGACAGUCCGGACACUUUCCACCACUUCCAAGUCCGGUACCACUUUCCCCCCCUUUCCAGUCCGGACACCUUUCCCCACCUUUCCAGUCCGGACACUUUCACCCCUUUCCUGUGCGGACACUUUCCCCCCCUUCCAGUCCGGAACAACUCUCCCCCCCCUUCCUUGUCAGGAGACACUGUCACCCCCUUCCAGUCCGGACACUUUCCCCCCUUUCCAGUCCGGACACUUUCACCCCUUCCAGUCCGGGACACUUUCCCCCCUUACAUGUCCGGACACUUCCCCCCUUCC